CCGACUAUAUACAGCUAUGGGGUUUUGCAGGGCCCAAACUGUCUUGCAUGUCCUGUACACAACCUGGGGCCCGAUAUAUAUAGCUCUCGAAAGGGGUGAAUAAGUAUAUUUACUGGGGCCAUUCCGCCUUGGCAGAGGUACUUGACACCCAUGUCCGUCCGGGGUUCCUCCUGCGGCGGCGGCAGGUCACGACGCGUGCGAUUUUCGGCUUUGACACGGCGAACGGUGUUCUUUUUAGUCGUCACGGUCGCCCUGUCCAUAUCGCUACUCUCACUUGGUCUCUGCCGUAACGGCAAGUGCAGCAACGUCGACUUGCGACGAGCGGAAAGGUCCCAGUCACCUAUCGUCCACUCGCGGGCGAACACUGCCGCCUUCGUUCGAGAAACAUUGCGGUAUGCUCCGUCACAGGCCGGAGGCUGGUAUAUUCCCGAGGCGUGGUUCAACUCCGCCGACAGCAGCGCGCUACCGCCGCCAUCAUCGAGUCCGUGGCCUAUAUAUUUGAUAGCUAAAAGGGCAUCGACGCUUGCCGCUGAUGGGAACCACACGAUUCCGCACAGCUCCAUCCCUCUGAUCGUGCACUUGCUCUGGACGCAGCCGGAUCCAGAAAGCUGGACCCCGAAAGUAUUCGACUGCAUCGCGGCAUGGACCCGCUCCGCCGUCGACUCCGGGCACGCACUCGUCGUGUGGGAUAAGGAAAGCAUGCGAUCUUUGGUUCAGACCGCGUGGCCAGAAGGGUACGACCAGUUUCUGCGAGUUCCCAUGGACACCAUGCGCUCCGAUAUCUUUCGCGCGGUGGUCCUCAGGGAAUUUGGUGGCGUGUACGUCGACGCGGACACGCAGCCUAGAAAGCCGCCAGCGACGUGGAUCACAGCGGAAGACCUCACGUUGGUCGCGGACCCACUUUCUACGUCAUCAAAGCCGCCGCUGUUCUCCUCAGUCACUAGCACUGACGUAUCGUCCCGCCGCUCUAUCCAUCUUUUGAUUGGGCUGGAAUGCGAUGCCGAUCCCGCCUCAGACGACUAUUGGCGUUACUUCGCCUUCCAGCAUCCCAUCCAGAUCGUGUACUGGUCGUUGGGCGCGGCGCCUGGACACCACAUGCUCAGUCGUCAUCUCCGAAACAUCCUGAAAGUGGCAUCUCGCAUGUCGGACAAGGAGAUGAAGAUCGAACAGGACGCCGUGGGAUUCACCGGUCCCGGCAGGUGGACCGUCACCGUCAAGGAAUGGAUGGACGACCGCUACGGCCCUGACCACCUGUGGUUCAAGUUGACGGGGAGAUUCGAUGGCGGGAAAAGUAAAGUCAUCGAAGACGUACUUGUGCUGCCCAUUACGGGUUUCAGUCCUGGUCGAGAUGAGGGAUACGACUAUAUGGGAUCCAAGCCCGCUACCGAUCCCGAUGCACGCCUCCAGCACAUGUUUCUGGGGUCGUGGAAGCAUAUCACCGUCAAAGGAACCUUCAUCAAAGCUUGCCGCAAGUUCUUUGGAGGAUGCCGCCACUGGUGAUGGCGGCAUCACUCUGUAAUAGGGCAAAGCAUCGUUAUGUACCUCAGCAUACGCAAAAAAAUUGCACUUCUCUACGGCGUACGUGCGUACA